AUGUUGAGAUCUGUAGCUCUGAAUAAUUUAUACAGGUCUGAUUUUCCUCUCUUAAAGACCUAUAUAACCAAACGAAAUAACGGUCUGUUUAGUGGAAGUUUUAUGUCGGUAGGAUUGUCGAAUUAUUUUAAAACGCCUAGAAUCCAAAGCACAUUCAUUUGCAACUAUCGUUUCUUUGAAAUUAAAAAUUAUUAUACACAUAAAUCGUUUAACUAUCAUAUGAAUACACUAAACAACCACAUAAUAUUCAAUCAACCCAUUGAUGGUCUAGUUAAUUGUAACUUAAAUUACUAUGGUCGUAACGUGAAAUUGAGUUUUUCCACCGAAACAAAUCAAAAGAAUGAAGUAGUCAAGAGUAAAAAGAAAACUUCACUCGUAAUGAAGGUCUUUAAGGUACCACUGGUUAUGGUCAAAUGGGUAGUAUAUAUACCCUAUAGAAUAGGAAGAGGAAUAUUCAGAGUCCUUUCACACUCAUUUAGAGGAUUCAACAAACUCGCAAAGCUGGCAGCAAGAGCAGCAGUACUCCAGAAAGUAACUGGAGUCUCCGGAAUAUUUAAGAGUAUAGUGGGCGGUAUCAAGCAUACAAUACAUUGGUGUAAAACUGGAUCAAAGCUUUAUGCAGCAAACGUCAAGGUUUCAUAUUACAUUCUGAAGAAGCUUAUUAGAGGACACCCAAUGAGAUACCACGAGAGAAAACUACUGAUGAGAACAAUGAACGACGCACUCAAGCUGGUACCAUUUUCGUUUUUCAUAAUCGUACCUUUCGCAGAGUUCUUGCUUCCGGUAGUGAUACGGUUCUUCCCACAAAUGUUACCCUCAACGUUCCAAACAAACAACAAAAAGGAUGAAGACUAUCUGCAGAAGAAACUGAUGGCCAAGAAGGAGCUCGCAACAUUCUUCCAGGAACUAGUUCAGGAAAGAACAAACCAAAUUCUACAGGAGGAACUGGACUCUUCAAUGAGAACCAAGGCUGAGGCAUUAAAGCAGUUUCAGGAAAGAUUACUAAAAAAAAGUGAUGAUAUGAACCCGUUCCUAAGUGCAAACGAACUUUUGGUCUUUUCAAAGUUAUUUAAAAAGGAAUUUGUUCUGGAUAAAAUGAGUUAUCAGACCCUUAAAGUAAUGUGUAAACUUCUCGGUAUUACACCAUUUGCCCUCAAGUCACAUCUUGUAUUACAACUCAGGCAUCAUUUGUUGAAAAUACAGAGGGAAGAUAGGUUGAUAUUGUGGGAAGGGGUGGAGAGUUUACAGUUUGAGGAGCUUCAGGAGGCCUGUAAGGAACGAGCAAUGAAGUUUUACAAUGUAACAAAGGAACAAAUGCAACAACAACUCAAGCAAUGGCUUGACUUAUCUAGUAGAAGGGAGAUUAACCCAAUUCUCCUCCUUUGGAGCAGAUGCAUAACCAUGACUCACGAGCCGAUGGUGAUAAAAGAAACUGCCACUCCAACAGACUCAUUAGAAUCAGCAGACGCUCAGGAAAUGCUAGUUGACGUCAGUUCCUCAGAAGUUUUAGAAGAAAAGCCUGAGGAGAAGGUCGGAAUGUCGAAGAUUAAGGUCAUCCAGGAUGUUGUGGAGGCAGCUCAAGUUGAUGAGGAGCAGUUACAUGAACGUGAGGAACGUCUCGAAGAGUUAUCUGAGAAGGUGAAGGAGUUGAAAGAGAUUAUAGAAAAGAGCAAAGAGGAGGAAACCAUGUCAAAUUUCGAGUCAACAGACGCUGUACCAUCUGAGGAACUACUAAGCAUUGAUGAUGAUAUGGACCCGACACAGAGGAAGAAACAAAUCGAGCCAAAUGAAGAAUCCUCUAAAUUCGAAUCAUUGUCCAAAGAGGAACUGUUGCAGAGACACAAGGAACUUUUAUCCUCACUUGACGUCCAGAUGCAGAUCAGUGAUCUCCAGUACCACCAACUCACUGAGCUCUACUCUUACAUGGUUAAAAUCUCUGAAAAUUCCUCACCGAACGAACCAAUUAGAAUCGACCACAAUGACCUCAAGUUGCUUUUGGACUCGACGAGAAACGAUUUCAAGCAAAUCGAGACACUAUCUGCUCAGUUUCAGAAAGUUUCAGAGAAUUUAACUUCAUAA